UGAAUCGCGAGGUGGUCGUUUGCACCUUCCAGUCGCGGCACUGCAAGCGGCCCUUCCACGUUGCUCACCUCCUAUGCAAGCAGGCCUGUGUGCGCUGUUAGCGGUUUACUUGUUAAUGCCACCCGAGCUUGGACUCUGGACUCCGGCUCCACCGCCAACAGCUCAAUGGAGCGCGG